GCUUCGGGCCAGAGAAAAAAAAAAAAAAAAAAAAAAAGAAAAUGGCUUCUGCUCCCCCGAUCAUGUCAUCUCUUCAUGUAAUGGUGCCUUGUCCAAAUUAUCCUUCGACACGUGGAUUCAUCGCCGCGAAUCGAACCACCGUACACAAAUCCGCCGUAAACACGGCAUCAGUUUCAACGGCCGCCGUGAACGAUGAAAUUUCCGCCAUUAUUACGUCAGACCCUGCUCAGGCCGAAAUCACUUGGCAGAUUGUGCUCGGCGCUCUAGCUGGGGUUACUCCAUUUGUGGUUGCUGGGAUUGAGUUCACCAAGAGAAUUGUGGAACAGAAGAACUGUAAGGUGUGCAAAGGCUCCGGGCUUGUUUUGAGGGACAAAAAAUACUUUUUUCGCUGCCCUCGUUGUGGUGGGUUUUUGCCAUGGCAGUCAUGGAGAAGAUUCUUUACUGGUUAGAUACAUCAUACGAAGCUCUAUCUAUAUAUUCGAACAAGAAUAUAUCGGAGCUUGUUGUUUCUAUUUGCAACGGGAAUCCAGACAUCGUGUUUCGUUCGUAUUUAAUGUAGCUAUUGUUCUCGAGUACGAUUUGUAAAGUAUAUGCAGUUUUACGUUUUAUUUAUAGGCAAAUAGUUGAAAUGUAGACGCUAAAAUAUUAUUACGUAUUAAUUUAUCGAUUUCAUGGCU